AAAGCUCCUUUCAUAGAUGGGGGAAUCGCUUACCUACAACUUGACGCGCAACGCAAUGACUGGAGCUUGAGAAAGCGUCUGUAUGUCGUUUACCCGCCAUUGUUAAUGUUUAGAGUGACUUUGUAAUCCAUUCAAUCAUGAAGCUAGUAAGAUUCUUGAUGAAGCUAAGUCACGAGACAGUAACUGUCGAGCUGAAGAAUGGUACACAGGUUCAUGGAACCAUCACAGGUGUUGAUGUAAGCAUGAAUACACAUUUAAAGGCUGUCAAAAUGACAGUGAAGAACAAGGACCCAGUACAGAUUGACUCUCUCAGUAUUCGUGGUAACAACAUCCGUUACUUCAUCCUCCCCGACAGUUUGCCUCUUGACACACUUCUCAUAGAUGACACACCCAAGGCCAGAAUCAACAAGAAGAGGGACGGCAAAGCUACUAUGGGUCGAGGUGGCCGGGGUCGUGGGCGAGGACGAGGUGGACGUGGACGAGGGAGAGGAGGGCCACCCCGAGGGAGACGUUGAGUGUACUGUGUAUAUCUGCCGGUUGAAAUGUGGUUGUCGAGCCACUCGUGUUGUAUAUAGACUUGGAGGAAGUGAGGGAGAGUAUUGCUCUCUGGACCUCGUCUUCACAUGGAUCAGUGAAGGACAUCAUAAAUCAAUCAUGAACAUUGACCAUUUCUUUUAUUUUCAUCACUGAUAUUUUAUGUACGAGGAAAAAAAAUAAAGUCUUUAUGUAUAAAA